GAAAUUUGGGGUUAGUAUAUGCAUUUGGAAUGGGUGAGCAACUAGAUUGCUGUAUAACCCAAGGAGCUAUAUCUGAUCACUUGUGAUGGAACAUGAUGGAGGAUAAUGUGAAAAAAAGAAUGCAUAUAUAUGUAUAACUGGGUUACUCUGCUGCACAGCAGAAAUUGACAGAACAUUGUAAAUAAACUAUAACAAAAAUAAAAAAAUAAAAUUUAUAGGGUGAGUGGGAGUGGGGGUUGGAGCUCAACGUUCAGGGCGCGACGUAGGGGAGGCUGGUGGUGCCUGCUGCCAUGGUCUUGCCCCCAUGCCUAGGGGUAGUGGGUACUGAGCCAGCUGCACGAGGUGUGGUGGGGAUGACCCUGCAUACCCGGGGAAAGCCCACUGUGCCAGUCCUGCUGGCCUGCGCUCCCAGGGGUGGAGGGUCGGUCUUUUCAACUCAACCAGAACAUAGAAUUUAAGUCUUCGCUCAGAAGCGUAUGGUAGAACUAAAGCCUAUGAUAACUAAGGGUCACCUGACAUUGUGAUUGGCUAAUAAUCCCAGGACAAAAUUACUACUCAAGCAUAAGACUGCUACAAAGAUGUUUGAUAUAAAAGCUUGGGCUGAGUAUAUUGUAGAAUGGCCUGCAGUGGGCCCACAUGGCUUCCUUACAACAGUUAUUUUGGCUCUUACUCCACUGUUUCCAGCAAGUGCUGUACUGUCAUGGAAAUUGGCCAGGGUGAUCGAGGCCAGGGAAAAGGAGCAAAAGAAGAAGCAAAAACGUCAAGAAAAUAUUGCAAAAGCUAAACAACUAAAAAAAGAUUGAAGGAAUGAACAGGCUCUGCAACUAGAGGAAAAUCGUUUGGAAAAUUAUGCAGCUUUGGAAGGCACCAAGGUUUCUUUUCUGGACCUUAUGACGGUAUUAUUUAGUGAAGGAAGUCUGAGCAUAUGGAAGAAUCAUGUUAGUUCUCACCUGUACUAUAGCAACUUUUAGGCUUUGGUGUGGAAGUCUCUAGACAGUUAUUCUAAAUUGGCAUUUAUGGUACAAAUUCUUUUUAGUCAUUUGCCUUUUUGCAGCCUAAGUACUAAAAUGAAAACAUCCUGUAGAGAAAAAUGACUUUAGAAUGUGAACUCUAUUCAAGUAAUGGCUUAAAAUGGGGUCUUGUUCUGGACAAACGAAGUUGAAAAUGUAAAAAUGAGAAUUGUCCUAAGAUGACAAGUGUGCUUUAGGUGAAAAGAGAUACAGUAUAUUACUUAUAUCUUUUAUCAUAAUUGUUCAUUUCUUGGAAUAGAAUCAUUUCUGGCUUUCUGAGAGCAAAAUAAUAUUCAAUGAGUAUUUCUAUUUUCUUCAUUUUUCUCAUUUUGGCUUUUGAGAUACUGGUAAUUAUUAAACUUUCUGCAUUUUUUAAAAUCUAAUUUUGUACAGAAUUCUCUUAUUAUCUUAACUAUGUAGAAUAACACUUACUGGAUAUAACAAUUUUUGUACUUAUGAACACUGCCAUUUUCUUAAAAGUGACUUGUCAAGUAACACUGUGAUUUAAAGCUUGCAGUAAAAGGCCAAAUUUUGUAGUACCUCAGAACCAGCUUAUUCUCACUUGUGCUAAGUAGGAAUGUGAAGUAGUUAAAAUGUCUGAUCAGGAGUUCCUGUCCUGGCUCAGCAGUUAAUGAACCUGACUAGCAUCCAUGAGGACGUGGGUUUGAUCCCUGACCUCACU